AUGGCUGGGUUUCGUGAGGCAAUGGAUGUGUGUCAGUUGAGGGACUUGGGUUUUAGAGGUCAAUGGUGGACUUGGGAGAGGGGUGUGACUGUUGCUACUCGAGUUCAAGAACGGCUUGAUCGAUAUCUUGCCACUUCAUCUUGGAUACGUUUCUACCCGUGUGCCUAUGUUGAACAUCUUUUGAAAAAGCAGUCAGACCAUACUCCUAUUUUGCUGAGGUUGGAGCAACAAAAUAAACGAAAAAAGAAGAAGAAAGGCUUCAAGUUCGAAAUCGCAUGGAUGUUGGAUGCAUACUGUGAAGCCACUAUUAGAAGCGCUUGGGAGGAAGAAGCAAGGGCUGAUAUUAUGAUGAAAUUGAUGACAGUUGGGAAGAAAUUGAUGACUUGGAGUCGAGAGAAGUUUGAUGAUAUAGGCACUAAAAUCGAAGAGAAAGAGCAGGCUCUUAGAGCAGCCCAUCAAUUGCCAAUUUCUCAGAGUAGCUGUGAUAUUUGCGUGAGAUUGGAGAAAGAGUUACAAGAGUUGAAUGAGAAGCAAGAAGCUCAUUGGUUAAUGAGGUCUAGAGUUGCUGAAAUUCGUGAUGGAGACCAAAACACGAGCUACUUUCACCAUAAAGCCUCCCAUAGGAAAGCUAAAAAUACAAUUCAUGGGUUGUUUGACUCAAAUAAUUUUUGGCAGACAGAUGAGUUGUAG